CAGCAACAAUUGUUGCAACAGGAUGCAGCAGCAGCAGCAGCAGCCACUGAAACAACAACGGACAGCAGCACGAAUUUGGGCACGCAUGUCACGCACAAAUAUGGCACAAUUUAUGACAUCCUACAAGGAGAGAAAUUGGAAACCAGCGAGGAGGCAAGCAACAGCAACAGCAGCAGCGGCGGCAGCAACACAAAACCAGUUGUUGCUGCCACAUCGCGUUUUGUGGUCAGCCAUGUGGAUGAACAACAGCAGCAGCAACAGCAGCAGCAAGACAGCAACAACAGCAGAAAUGUGACUGCCGACACGAAAUGCAGUAAAAUGCGACGCUUGUCCAAUAUUCUAAGCUACAACAAAUCAGGCAACAACAAUGCUGCGCCACAGGAGGCCGACAGCAACAGUGAACAGCAGCAGCAGCAGCAACAACAGCAACAACAAUUGGUGCCUGCUAAACGCAGUCAGGCCAAACGUCGCGUUGGUGUUAGCAAUUUGUUGCUGCCGCUUGACUCGGAGGAGCUUUAUACGCGCAUCAUAGCGCAGCAGCGACGCAAUGCUGGCAACAAUUGCAACGGCAACAGCAACAGCAGCAGCAACAACAACAGCUCUGGCAGCGAUGCCGAUUGUCACAUGUCGCUUAUCAAAUCAAAUUCUCUGGAUGCCAUUUCCAUGUCUGUGGCCAUAUCGCCGCCUGCCACGCCCUCGCCACCGCGCCCACGCCGCAGUCUCAAGCAGCACAAAUGCCUGCAGCAGCAACAGCAACAACAGCAACAGCAACAGCAACUGUUGCUGCUGCCGCCCUUGAUGAAGAAGCAUUCGCUAGAUAAUUGCCCCACAGCGCCAAAGAUGUUGCAGCCGCAGACGCGUCGCUGGUCGAAUCAAACGCUGCUCAAAUGCACCUGCCACACGCUCGAAGAGCCACGGCAUUGCCAUAGUAAUAACAAUAGCCAUUGCACUUGCCCAACGCCUCCGCCGCCGCCGCCGCCUCUGCCUCUGCCUCUACCGGCGACCGCCUUCAAUGCAUUGUCUGUCAUUGAGAAGUGCCGCUCGCUGCCCGCUGCCUGUUCGCAUACGUGUGUUAAUUUAAUGGCCGCCGCUGCCGGUUGCGCCGAUGCGGCGGCCAAGUCUAACAGCAAAUCAACGGCAGCAGCAGCAGCAGCGGCAGCAACAACAACACAAACUACGACAACAACAACAGCAACAGCUACAACACAACUAACAGCGUUGACAAUCAAGAAAGGCAAAUCGCGUCGACUUUCGGAAUUUACGCGUGGUGAAUUUUUAAAUGAAAAAUCUUGGUACUUCCGCAAAAUCAAACGCAUUGAGGCUGAGAAAAAACUGCUACUGCCAGAGAACGAGCACGGCGCGUUUUUAAUACGCGAUUCCGAAAGCCGUCACAAUGACUAUUCGCUAUCAGUGCGCGAUGGCGAUACGGUUAAGCAUUACCGCAUCAGACAAUUGGAUGAGGGCGGCUUCUUCAUUGCCAGACGCACAACAUUCAGAACCCUACAAGAGCUGGUCGAGCACUAUUCCAAGGAUUCGGAUGGCCUGUGCGUCAACCUCUGCAAGCCCUGUGUACAGAUUGAGAAACCUGUCACCGAGGGUCUAUCGCAUCGAACUCGCGAUCAGUGGGAAAUCGAUAGAACUUCGUUGAAAUUCGUACGCAAAUUGGGCUCCGGACAGUUUGGCGAUGUCUGGGAGGGUCUGUGGAACAAUACCACGCCCGUGGCCAUCAAAACUCUAAAGUCGGGCACCAUGGACCCCAAGGACUUUUUGGCUGAGGCACAAAUAAUGAAGAAGCUGCGCCACACCAAGCUCAUUCAGCUAUAUGCAGUCUGCACCGUCGAGGAGCCCAUCUACAUUAUAACAGAGCUGAUGAAGCACGGCUCCCUGUUGGAGUAUCUGCAAGGCAAAUGUCGUAGUAUCAAAAUGCAAACGCUCAUCGAUAUGGCUGCCCAAAUAGCCGCUGGCAUGGCAUAUUUGGAAUCACAAAACUAUAUACACAGAGAUUUGGCAGCGCGUAAUGUGCUCGUCGGCGAUGGCAACAUCGUAAAGAUAGCCGAUUUUGGUCUGGCACGACUCAUCAAGGAGGAUGAAUACGAGGCACGCGUCGGUGCACGCUUCCCCAUCAAAUGGACAGCACCAGAGGCGGCCAAUUACAGUAAAUUCUCCAUUAAGUCGGAUGUGUGGAGCUUUGGCAUUUUACUCACCGAGCUGGUCACCUACGGACGUAUACCCUAUCCAGGUAUGACCAACGCUGAAGUAUUAACCCAGGUUGAGCAUGGCUACCGCAUGCCCAUGCCACCGAAUUGUGAGCAGCGUCUGUAUGAGAUAAUGUUGGAGUGCUGGCACAAGGAUCCGAUGCGUAGACCCACAUUCGAAACGCUGCAGUGGAAGCUCGAGGAUUUCUAUACAUCCGAUCAGAGUGAUUAUAAGGAGGCGCAGGCUUACUGAUAAAUGCUUUAUGCGCCCGCUGGCAAACGCGGCGGCUGCAACAGGGUAACGCCCGGACCAGCAGCAGUCGGCCAAGCGGACCAGAGCAACAACAGCAGCAGCAACAUCAACAGCAACAAUAAGACCGAAGCAUAAAGCUAACCAACACGGACAAUUCUUAUUUAGUUACUUAUUUCAAUGUUUGCACAGAUUUUCUAAAGCAUUAAAAAAGAAAAGAAAAGAAAAUAUAAGCAAAGCAAGUGUAA